AUCCUGCUGCGCUGCUGCCAUUUUUAUGUACCCUGCCCUGCCCUAGACGUUACCAAGAAGGGGAAAAAGGGCGGACACGCCAGGAAAGAAGAACAAGAAAGGAGACCAAGAAACGACCAGACCAGGAGGAACCAAAUCCAUCGACCCUCCCCCGCGACCUCGAGUUCUCGAAGAAUCCAUUUCUCCAAGAACUCGGCUGCAGUACGCAGAGGGGCAGAGCGGAGCUGCGGAGCCGAGGCGGCCCGCGGUCCCCAUCCCCGCGAUUCGGCCGGGAUCCGGCCGCGCCGCCACGGCCAUGGACAUGAUCGACAGCAUCGAGUGCGUGUCGUCGUCGGACGGCAUGGAGGACGACGACGCCAUGUCCUCCAACCUGCCCCGCCCCUUCCUCAAGGCCUCGGCGGCGGCCAUCGCGGCGGCCAGCAUCGGGGUGGUCCCCGGCGGCGUCGGUGGCGCGUCCGGCGCCGGUGCGGCCGGGGGGAUCGCCGGACCGCUGAUCCCGCCGGCCACGAGCGUCCACGAGCUCCUCGAGUGCCCCGUCUGCACCAACUCCAUGUACCCCCCGAUCCACCAGUGCCAAAAUGGGCAUACCCUUUGUUCUACCUGCAAAGCUCGGGUGCACAACCGCUGCCCUACCUGUCGACAAGAGCUGGGCGACAUCAGGUGUUUGGCAUUGGAAAAGGUGGCUGAAUCACUUGAGCUACCGUGCAAAUACUACUCACUAGGUUGUCCAGAGAUCUUCCCAUACUAUAGCAAGCUCAAGCAUGAGUCGCAGUGCAAUUUUAGGCCAUACAGCUGCCCUUAUGCGGGAUCUGAAUGCUCCGUUGUCGGGGACAUUCCUUUCCUUGUUUCACAUCUGAGAGAUGACCAUAAGGUUGACAUGCAUUCUGGGUGCACAUUCAACCAUCGUUAUGUCAAGUCAAACCCCAGAGAAGUUGAAAAUGCAACUUGGAUGCUAACUGUUUUCCAUUGUUUCGGGCAGUAUUUCUGCUUGCAUUUUGAGGCCUUCCAGCUCGGAAUGGCGCCAGUCUACAUGGCAUUCCUCCGCUUCAUGGGCGACGAGAAUGACGCAAGGAACUACAGCUAUAGCCUUGAGGUGGGUGCCAAUGGCAGGAAGAUGAUAUGGGAGGGCACACCCCGGAGCAUCCGGGACAGUCACCGCAAAGUGCGUGACAGCCAUGAUGGCCUCAUAAUCCAGCGGAACAUGGCACUCUUCUUCUCCGGCGGGGAGAGGAAAGAGCUGAAACUGCGGGUGACUGGCCGCAUCUGGAAGGAGCAGCAGAACCCCGACUCGGGAGCCUGCAUCCCUAAUCUCUUCAGCUGAAGUGAAUAGUUGGCAACAGGAUCAUGUGAUUCAGGUGUAUAUUGAAGAAAUGCGGUUGCCGAUUUCCUUUUCUCUCUUUACAGUUUGUGUUUGCACCUUUUCGCUUUUUUCAGCCACUUUGUUGUAACAUGCUCAAUAUUCUUUGGGGUGGUUGGUGUUAUCAAGGACAGCACGUGAAGCCUGCUGGAAAUCACAUGAUGAUCAUUCUCC